AGCAGCUCUGUACUCAGAUGAAUAAUUCAUUCCCAGCUGGGGAGCAGAGUGGAGCUGCAGCAAUGACACUCAGUGCAGGAGCAGGUAGCCACGGCGACAGGAGCAGGUAGCCACGGAGACAGGAGGAGGUAGCCACGGUGACAGGAGGAGGUAGUCAAGGUGACAAGAACAGGUCGUCACAGCAAUAGGAGCAGGUCAUCACAGCGACGAACACAUGGCUGAUGGCUCAGUGUCGGUCGGAAGACGCACAGACCGGGUGAGAUGCGCGGGGUCGAGGCACUGGAGCUGGUAACCCGGGAGACGAGCGCGCGGACGCGGCAGCGGUGAGAUGGGCAGCGCAGGGGCGGAGCUGAGCCCGCCGGACCCGGCGCCGGACCCGCUGUGUCCGGAGUGCGGCCAGCUCCACCGGGCCCGAGAGAACCACCUCUACAACUACCGGCUGGAGGUGGACGACGACCUGGUGUGCCACAUCUGUCUGCAGCCGCUGGUGCAGCCGCUGGACACGCCCUGCGGACACACCUUCUGCGCACGCUGCCUGCGCAGUUUCCUGCAGGAGAAGGACUUCUGCCCGCUGGACCGCGCCCCCCUGCAGCUGCACCACUGCAGGAAGGCCAGCAUCCUCGUACACAAGCUGCUGGACAAGCUGUCCGUCACCUGCCCCUACAGCCCCACCUGCCCCCUCACCAUGCAGCGCUGCGACCUGCCGGCUCACCUCACACACAGGUGUCCUGGGACGCAGACUCAGAGAGCGAGGCUGGAGCGCUCUCGGUCAGACCGCGCAGACGUGGAGGAGCACAGCGUGGUGCCGGACACCGCCCGGUCACCUCAAACAGAGCUGCAAGAGGACUCCCCCUGCACCCCCAGGGGCAGCGCUCACACCUGCAGUGGGGUUCCCAUGUGGACCGACGAGUCCGGCCUGGACAACCCCGCCUUCGAGGAGAGCACGGAGGAGGACAGUGUGCGCGGUUUGGAGUACGUCUCCCCGAGGGCGAAGCGGCCGCUCAGUAACCCCUGCAUCCACCUGCUCCGUACCGGCAGCACCAGCUCCACCGCGUGGGAGUGGCCUGAGUCCCCGCCCCCUUUAGCUGACGACGGCUGUGUGAAGCUGUCAGCUUUGCCUGAAGGAGAGAUCACUACCAUAGAGAUCCAGCGCUCCAACCCCUAUGUGGAGCUGGGCAUCAGCAUCGUCGGGGGCAACGAGACCCCCCUCAUCAACGUGGUGAUCCAGGAGGUGUACCGUGACGGUGUCAUCGCCCGCGACGGCCGUCUGCUGGCAGGGGACCAGAUACUGCAGGUGAACGGUGUGGACAUCAGCAACGUGCCGCACAGCUUUGCGCGGGCGGCGCUGUUGCAGCCCUGCACCGUGCUGGCGCUGACGGUGCUGCGGGAGCGGCGCUUCUCGCCUGGCUCGCCCGACCGCGCCCCCGCCAGCCUGCGGGUGACGCUGCAGAAGCGUGACUCCGCCGAGCAGCUGGGCAUUAAGCUGGUGCGGCGAACGGACGAGGCGGGCGUGUUCGUGCUGGACCUGCUGGAGGGCGGGCUGGCCGCCCAGGACGGGCGACUCUGCAGCAACGACCGUGUGCUGGCGGUCAACGAACACGACCUGCGGCACGGCACGCCCGAGCAGGCCGCGCAGAUCAUACAGGCCAGCGGGGACAGAGUGCAUCUGCUCAUUGGCCGAUCCAGCAAGCAGGUCCCUCCACCCCUACCCAGCGCUAACCCCGCCCGAGAGGCCUGGUGCCACGACAGCAACCUAUCCAACGCCUAUCACCCUGUACCCGGCUCCGCCCCCAGCCCUGCCUCUCCGCUCCUGCGAGCCCGGCCCAGCAGCCAUCGCGACCUCUCUCAGUGUGUGAGCUGCCAGGAGAAGCAGGUCAGUGUGUGUAAGGAGCCGCAGGAGUCUCUGGGCAUGACGGUAGCCGGGGGGCGGGGCAGCCGCAGCGGGGAGCUGCCCAUCUUCGUGACCAGCGUCCAACCACACGGCUGCCUGUCGCGGGACGGCCGGAUCAAACGAGGGGACGUGCUGCUCAGCAUAAACGGGCAGGACCUGACGAGCCUGAGCCACAGUGAGGCGGUGGGCACCCUGAAGGCCAGCGCAGCGUCCAGCUCUGUCCAGCUGAGGGCGCUGGAGGUCAGCACUGUGGAGGAGCCCGGUCACGACACGCCCCCCCCCGCCCACAGCGACCACGAUGCCAGCUGGUCCCCCUCCUGGCUCAUGUGGCUCGGACUGCCCAGCUACCUGCACAGCCCCCAUGACGUCGUCCUGAGACGCAGUCACAUGUGCAGCUGGGGCUUCAGCAUCGUGGGGGGGUACGAGGAGCACCAUGGCAACCAGCCCUUCUUCAUCAAGACCAUCGUGCUGGGCACACCGGCCUACUAUGAUGGCCGGCUCAAGUGUGGGGACAUGAUCGUGGCAGUGAACGGGCUCCCCACUGCAGGCAUGAGCCACUCUGCCCUGGUACCCAUGGUGAAAGAGCAGCGUAGCCGUGUGGCUCUCACUGUGGUGUCCUGGCCCGGCAGCCUGGCCUAGCCAGAACCGAGCCAGGCUGAGACAGAACCCAACCGGGCCAGACCUGACCAGACCCAACCAGGCCAGAGCGGGCCACACCGAACCAGACCUGACCAGGCCCAACCGGGCCAGAGCAGGCCACACCGAACCAGACCGGACAAGACCCGACCGGCCCAGAGUGGGCCACACCAAACCAGACCCAACCGGGCCAGAGAGGGCCACACCGAACCAGACCGGACAAGACCCGACCGGCCCAGAGUGGGCCACACCAAACCAGACCCAACCGGGCCAGAGAGGGCCACACCGAACCAGACCGGACAAGACCCAACCGGGCCAGACUGCACACGGCUCGCUCUCAGCGUGGGCAUGGUUAUCCGAGCUUCACUCUUCAUCUCACGAUGAUGAUGAUCAACGCCUUACUGUACCUGACACGCCCCCUGGGACACGCCCCCUGGGACACGCCCCCUGGGACACACCCCCUGGGACACGCCCCCCGGGGGGGACGUUGCCUCAGGCCUCCAUAUCGCUGUGACGACCAGCUGUUCGUUUGCCGGUUUUUUUACCUGUGUUCUGCUGUUUGUUUAAAUAAAUAUUUCCUGUGGA